CCUAAAACUUGACGCCCCGUCAUUAGUCAUUGCCUUUGUUUUCUUCCUUGUUCUAAACGUUGCCGUUGUCUCUCUCUUUCUUUCCUGAUUUUCGCUCUCUCAAAUUUUACGGUUUGCAAACUAGGCAGUCCAUCGCUCGUGAGAAAUUCUGACUUCUUUAAACAUUACCAGUCAUUUAAAGGAAGAAUCCUACCGACUGUAGCUUUUUUAAUGAAGAACCCGAACCAAUGGUUCAGCUCGUACAAGUUGCUCUUUCUUAAAUGGAUGAUUUUGCAGGAUAAUUUUAAGAUACCCCAUACUGGUUAGUGGAAAUAUUCUACAUUUUUUAUGGCAAAAUGGGGGUGGGUUGUAAAUGUUAGUAUUUUGUAGGCCACAGAUUAUUUCUUACCACUGGUUGAGUUUCCUUUUAGGAAUCUGCUUUCUGCUUCAGCUAAGGAUAAAAAAAGUAACUUUUCAACUCUAAUGGCUGCUAUGAAUUCAAUAGACAUUAGUUCUUCUAAUAGUGAGCUGGAGAUAGAAGAUGUCGGAAACAAAAAUACCUCAUCUUUAAGGGUUCUUCCAGAAUGGGCAGUUACACAUGGCACAAAUUCAAGGAGUACUGGGUAUGCUAGGCAGUCUCAAAAGAUUCCUUCUCCCAAUCAAGCACGGUUUUCUAAUUUAAACUCUUCAAAUGUAAAUAACCAUUCAUGGCUAAAAGUUCUGACAAAUGACCCCAGUGACAAAGUUAAAGCCUCAACUCAACUUAUUGCCCUAGAUGAUGGUCCUGAAUAUUUUACCGGGAAUGGGAAUAUUGGUCAGCCUCGGACUGCUAAUCCAGGAAUUGCUAAAGGUUCUGGCUCUGAUUUUGAGAAACUGACAUCUCAGAAGGCUCUAAAGAGGAUUCUUCCUCCAUCUCUUCAACUCUCUGGACCAAGUAGUAAAUCGGACAAUUUAGUGGAGAAUGUAAGCAGCAAUCAGAUUCUUGAUGCUCACGGAAGCUCUAACCAUUUGGCUGGCCCUAGUUUUUCCAAUAGUCAGGGCUAUAUGAGAGAUCAUUAUAGCAGGGGCAAUAAUGCUGAAGUUAUGUACAGAAACACUAGUAGGAUCCUUCCUCCAUCUUUGAUGCUUGGAAAGUCUGUUAAUUAUACACAGUUUGCCGGUUCUAAUGAUCCUCUAUAUCGUGCUGGAGUAAGCGAAGAAAGAGUUCCUGUAAAUGAUGAGAGAAUGAUUUAUCAAGCAGCACUGGAGGACCUCAACCAACCAAAAGUUGAAGCUACUCUACCUGAUGGUCUUUUGUCUGUUCCUCUUCUCAGACAUCAGAAGAUUGCAUUACAUUGGAUGCUUCAUAGAGAAACAAGAAGUGGAUAUUGUUUGGGUGGAAUAUUAGCUGAUGAUCAGGGCCUGGGUAAAACAAUCUCAAUGAUUGCUCUUAUACAAAUGCAGAAGUUUUUAGAGUCCAAAUUAAAAUCAGAAGAUCUAGCAAAACACAAAACUGUAGCACUGAAUUUGGAUGAUGAUGAUCAUAGUGGUACUGGUGGGUCAGACAAAGUAAAGCAGAAUGGAGAAUCUGAUGAUACCAAGUCAAUUCUGGAAGUGAGUACUUCUACUGGGGCAUUCAGCAGACAGAGGCUACCAGCAGGUACAUUGGUUGUGUGUCCAGCAAGUGUUCUUCGACAGUGGGCCAGGGAGCUGGAUGAUAAAGUUGCAGAAGAAUCGAAACUUUCAGUCCUCAUCUAUCAUGGAGGCAGCAGAACCAAGGAUCCUUCUGAACUUGCCAAGUAUGAUGUGGUUCUUACAACAUAUUCAAUUGUCACCAAUGAAGUUCCUAAGCAAGCUAUAGUUGAUGAUGAUGAGAGUUAUGAAAAAAGUGGGGAAAAAUAUGGAUUAUCUUCUGAAUUUUCAAUUAACAAGAAGAGGAAGAAAACAUCUAAUGUUGGUAAGAAGGGUAAAAAGGGUUCUGUUAUUGAUUCUAGCGCUGGUGCACUUGCUAGAGUAAAUUGGUUUAGGGUGAUACUGGAUGAAGCUCAAACAAUAAAAAAUCAUCGAACACAAGUUGCUAGAGCCUGCUGCAGUCUUCGGGCCAAGCGGAGGUGGUGCCUAUCUGGAACACCUAUGCAAAAUGCUAUUGAUGAUUUAUAUAGCUACUUCAGGUUCCUGAAACAUGAACCAUAUUUUCUAUAUAAAGCAUUUUGCAAUGGGAUAAAAGUUCCAAUAGCUAGAGAUUAUGUAAAAGGUUACAAGAAGCUGCAAGCUGUUUUGAAGACAGUAAUGCUGCGCCGUACAAAAGCAACAUUGGUCAAUGGGGAGCCAAUAAUUAAGUUGCCGCCAAAGUCAAUUCAGAUGUCUAAAGUAGACUUCACAGCCGAAGAGCGGGCUUUCUAUAUCCAGCUAGAAGCUGACUCACGUUCUCAAUUUAAGGCAUAUGCAGCUGCUGGCACUGUGAACCAAAAUUAUGCAAAUAUUCUUUUGAUGCUUUUGCGCCUACGCCAGGCUUGUGAUCAUCCUCUUCUUGUCAAAGGAUUUAACUCUGAUUCCUUUCGAAACUCUGACUCUCUUGGACAAGUUUCUGUAGAAAUGGCAAAGAGACUUCCUAGAGAAAUGCUGAUUAAUCUACUGAACUGCUUGGAAACUUCCUUUGCCAUCUGUCUUGUAUGCAAUGAUCCACCUGAUGACGCUGUUGUUACCAUGUGUGGUCAUGUUUUCUGCUAUCAGUGUGUGUCAGAAUAUCUGACAGGGGAUGAUAAUAUGUGCCCUUCACCUGCAUGUAAAGAACAACUUGGUGCUGAUGUAGUUUUCUCUAAAGCUACUUUUAGGAGCUGUAUUACCGAGGAUCUUAAUGGUAGUCCCAUGCAUCCUCAGUUGUUUGAAAAGUCAGUGAUUUUACAGGAUGAGUACAGUUCAUCAAAAAUCAAGAAUGUCAUUGAAAUUCUUCAGUCAAGAUGUUUAUUGAAGAAUUCAAGUUCUGAAUUACAAAGUUCUAUUGGAUGCAGUGAAACUUCUUCAUCUUCCGAGCACACAACAGAUUAUUCAAGCUCACUAGCCGAUGGACCAAUAAAAGCAAUUGUUUUCUCACAGUGGACUAGUAUGUUGGACUUGGUUGCGCAAUCACUACGUAAUCAUAGUAUAAACUUUAGGAGGCUUGAUGGGACAAUGUCUUUAGCUGCACGAGACAGGAGUGUCAAAGAUUUCAAUACUGACCCAGAGGUUACUGUGAUGCUGAUGUCAUUAAAAGCAGGAAACCUUGGUUUGAAUAUGGUUGCUGCGUCUCAUGUUAUCCUCCUGGAUCUUUGGUGGAAUCCAACUACUGAAGACCAGGCUAUUGAUCGAACACAUAGAAUUGGACAGACUCGUCCUGUUACUGUAUCUCGGAUCACCGUUAAAAACACGGUAGAAGAUAGAAUAUUAUCUCUUCAGGAAGAAAAAAGAAAAAUGGUUGCUUCUGCUUUUGGUGAAGAUCAAAGUGGGUGCUCAGCAGCUCGAUUAACUGUUGAAGAUCUCAGAUAUCUAUUUAUGGGAGAUUAGCCAUCUCAUUUUGUCGUAUUCUUCUGCCUUAUAUUUUCCUACUUGAAGUUUCCAUCAAGAAACUUUGAGAUUUGAAAAUUUUUCAUCACAACAGGGAAUUGCACACAUCUAGUUCCUGCUAAAUGUUGUCCCUUAUGUUUUAUAAAUUAAGAUGGCGACUUAUGUGAGAUUUUUGAAGUCCAGAGGCCUUUAUUGGUUACCAUCAGGUGCAGAAAUAGGAAGGUAAGGCUGCCUGUAAAUAUUCUAAUUAUUUUGUAACUUAUGGUUUUUGUAGUUAACCUCCUUUCUUCUUAACGUAAUACAUGAAUCUUAUUUCCGAAUUACUGUGUUUGUCUCUAAGCUUUCCCUGUUUCACCUUAAAUUCCCCUCUCCUCACUGAAGAAAGGUCGAAAAUGGAAAGCAAAGAAGCUGCAGUAUGGACUCAAUCUACAUUUUCCGCUAACAACCCUUUUCCGUUUGCGGUUUGUCGAUUAAAGGGUAUGCUAUAGUCAGUAUAGGUUGAUUGGGAAGAGAAAAUGCGGGCCUUGUAAUUGGUGUAUUUGUAUGUUGUUUGUAUUGAAUUAAAU